AUGAUUUUUAGACUAUUGUAUUCAAUAACAAGAACUAAAGUAUGAAAUCAUUUAAAUGCUAGUUAUCCUCUAAUAUUGAUUUUAAAAAGAGAUGCUUAAAUACUCUUGAAUUGUAAUUUGAUAAAGUUGAUGAUAUAAUUAAGUCAACUCCAACCCUAUUCCUUCGAGGAGGAGGAUGCGUAGGAUCAAAAGCAAAGAUAAAAAGUCAAAUGUAAAACACAAUUCCUAUGAAUUACUUAUAAACAAUGAAAUUAAAUAGUCAAUUGAUUGUUGAUAAAUGUGAUUAACUUUUAGACAAUUUUUCUAGGAAUGAAAUAAUGAUGUCAUUAUAAUGGUUUUUUUAUAAUCGAUAUUGGAUUUGUGAAAUUUGUAAAAAUGACAAUUUAAUUUUAAUGCUCUAUGAUUUAGCAUUAAACUAAUUUAGAUAGCUUAUUUCAUUUAUAUCAGUUUAUUUAAGAGGAUCAAGUUGUCUUUGUUAUUAUGUUUUGGAAGUUUCUAAUGAUUUAUUAAUGAUAAUUUAUACUUAUUAGCUAAAAGAUGAAUAGCGCGUACUAUUGGUUGAAGUACAUGAUGAAUUAUUAUCUAUGAUUGAUAUUAUCAAGCAAGAUCUUGAAGUCUACUAAAAUUUUUGGACAAGUGGACUCGAUUUUUAGAUAACUCUGAUUAAAAUAGUCUUGAUAAAUAGUAGGACAAACUCUAAGGAAUAAUAGGAUAAAUUAAUAUCGAUUGAAUCCUCUGCAUUCUCUUCUUUAUUAUCACUUUCAAUAAGUGAAGAUUUUACAAAUGCAUUAUUUGAUUUUGCAAAAUAUUUGCUGAUUGAAAAAUACAACCAAUUUUCUUAUCCUAUUCAAACAUAUCAAAUAUAUUAUUUCUUUUUUCUCUUAAAAUGGAGCAUUAUAAAAAAUAUUCAAGAAUAGAAUUUAGUAAAUAAAUAAAUUGCAAAUCUUUAGUUAGGAUAUUAAUAAUAUGUGCAGAAUUCAGAUAAUUGGAUAGUUCACUUUUGUUGGAUAAAUGCUAUCUCAGAUUUGAUUUCAUAUAGGUAAAUUAUAUCAAAAACGAUCUUUUUAAAAAAUUAAGAUGAUAUGAAAUAAAAAUAAUUAUGGAAUUAAUUAAUUAAGCAAAAUAUUAUUUAGAUAUUGCCUUAUGAUAAAUAUCUUGGGAAACUAAAUAAUAGUUGCUCCUUUAAGUCUAUUGAUUAUGAAACGGAACAAAUUUUAAAUGGAUUAGGUUUGGAAAGGAUGAAAUUUUUUUAAAAUGUUAUUAUAAACCAAAAAUUUUCUAAAUUUCUUUCAAUUUUAUGUAGAUUUUACAUUUUAAAAACUAAAAAAAAAAGAAGAAAAAAACAACCUACCACCAAGAUUUGAAUUAUUUGGUGUUGAUGAAUAAGUGAAAAAACUUUAAUGGUUAAAAUAAUUGUUAUAAGUUAUUAAAGACAAAAUCUUAGAAUAAUAUAUUGAAAGCUAAGUUGAAUCAUUCCAAUUACCUUCUUAAGAUGUUUAAACAAAAAAUAACGGUUAUAAUUAUGAUCUAGUUUUAAAUAAAGAAGGAGAAGUUCAAUAAUUAGAGUUUAGCCUAUCCAAACUUUCAUAUUUGCUUCAUGAAGUUGAUUUUACUAUGAUUGUUGAGAAAAAGAGAAUAGAAAUCUGCUAAGAAUAAGUUAAAUUGUAUGAAAAUUAAAUCAAAAAGAUAAGCAAAAUUAGAAUUAAAAAGAUUAAAAUAAAUUAGGAGUUUAAUAAAAUUAGUUAGAAAAUAUUUAUAAUGAGUGGAUCAAAUUAAAUUUUCCAAAUAAAUACAAUUUAAUUUUAGAUCAAAUUACAAAACUAAGAGGAUUUCAAUUCAAAUUUUCUAAAUUUGAAAAAUCAGAAUCCAAAGAAUAAUCAAAAUAAAAUCAAGAGAAUGAUUGAAAUUUAUUUGUUCGGGAUGCUUAGAUUUAAAUAGAAAAGUUUUUAUAAGAACUUAAUAUUUAAUAAUAAUUAUUAUAGAACUUUUGGAGGCUUAACAAUAAGCUAACAUUCAUAACAAAUAAUGAAUAAUAAGAUUAAAAAAUAAGUGAAUUCUUAGUUGAUAUCAUUGAAAUCAUUGAAAGGAUUAAAAUACAGUUUAUUAAUAAUGAAUACCAUAAAGAAUUUAAGGAAUUUCUUAUUCAAUAGAAAUUUCAAACUCUUGAAGAUAUAUUAAAAUUUGACCUGA